AUUUAAUUUACACGGUUCUUAUAGUUUCAUUGGUUAUCAUUAUCUGUAAUUUUAUUGGAUGUGCAUACAUUAUUUUACGUACAUACCUAAGAUGGAGGAAAUUUCGUUCAGCAAUUCCUAUGUCACUUAGAUUUCCAUAUUAUAUUGCUUUGACAGAUAUUCUCGUAUCAUUAGUUUCUUUAAUAAAUCACGGGUAUGGUGCAGCCUAUAGAGAGCCUCUAGAAUCUCCGGCUUGUGAAGUAAUUAGUUCAUUAUUAGUUUUUUCAACAGCUUUAACUAUACAUUUGGUUACUGCUAUAUCAGUCACUACCUGGUUGAGAGUGGUUAGAGAAGUGAAUAUUGAUUUUGGAAAGUAUGAUUAUAAAUUAUGGAUACCAGUAUUUUCAAUAGCUGUUAUUGAUAUGUCACUUUCAGUUCGUGGUGUGCACCUGAUGAAAGCUGAUCAUAGCAGUAGUAUUAGUAAUGGUAGCGAAGGUACAACAAUAAGCAAUAGUUUAUUAAAAGAUCAACUUGAAAGAAAGGUUUACAAAAAAGUUAUGACCUAUAUUUUAGUGUUUAUUUUACAAUAUACUUCUGCCUUGAUUGAUAAGAUAGCAGACCUUUUGAAUCAUAAAUAUGAAUUUUUAGCCAUAAUUGCUCUAUUAGGGCUAAAUUUAGGCGUAUUUGGCAAUUUCUUUCAAUACAUAAUUAAUGAAGGGUUGUCAUUAAAAAAUUAUUCAAAUAUAAGUCAUGAAUCUAUGAGAAAUGAAUUUGCCUUUGCAAAGAAUGCCUCCAUUUCAAAUGUUGCUCCUAUGGCACAUCUUCAUCCAAAAAAUUGCAGGAGUACUGUAUAUGGUGUUCAAAACUUUAUGGCACCAAAAAUUGUGGCUAAUAAGGCAAAAUUUGGACUCAAAAAAUAUAUGGCACCAAUUAAAUAUAAUUGA